CAAUCAACCAGUUCGUCAGUGACGAUGAAGACCUCCUGGUAUGAAUUCACUUCGGAACCUGCCGUGUUCCUGUAUACCUUCUCAGCCUGGACUUACUCUGUAGUGAUUCGCUACUUCUUGAUGCAGAAGACCUGCAGCCCCGAUAUCGAACCACCUCUUAGAUAUGCUUGCAACGAAACAAAUCUUCAAAUAGAAGCUAACGAGCUGAUGGUAGUAAGAAACACUUGGUUCGAGUUGUUGUCGAUAAUACCACUGCUAGUGGCUGGGUGUGCCCGCGACGCGACUGGCCUCAACAAACCGAUGAUGUACGUUGGGCUGGCAGGCGAGGCCAUCGGUGUCUCCAUAGCGCUCUUCUCUGCCCUCACCUGGAAGAUGUCUGCCUGGAGUACAAUGGUCUCUGAAGCCGUCGUCCGUGGAAUCGCUGGAGGAGGGAAGAUGUUCUAUUUGGGCACUGCCUGCGUUGUUACCGAACGAUCUAAACCAUCGCAGAGAACUGCCAGGCUUACAUUGAACCUGGCUGCAGCCGCUUCCGGAGCUUGCUUGGCGAGCACUUUCUCCAGGCACUUCGUCAAGCACCUAGGCUACCAGACUUCCUUCAUAUCCAUCAACGCCAUGCUCUUGUUGGCUCUUUUCUUGGUCAUCUUCAUCUUCGAAGACGAGAGCAAGCUGAUGAAGAGUGAGAGCUGGCAGGUCGUCGGGAAGUUAACGACUCUCUUCAAAUCGAGGCCUAACGGCAAAGUUAUCUGGCUCAUGGUUCUUUGCAGCGCUUUGGCAACCGCAACAACUAAAGCUGAAGAAAAUCUUUUUUUGAAUUAUAUGAUGAAAGGGUUCGGAUUUUCCUUCAAACAAAUAGGAUAUUUUCAGACUUAUCAACUGAUCAUUAGAGCAGCCAGUUCACUGUCGCUGCCGCUUUUAUUGUUCUCUUUCUUGAAGAAUUCGGGAUUCAAGAUUGGAAUAAUUUGCUCCAUAAUUGCAGUAAUUUCAUCGACUGCAAUGGGAUUUGCAACAGCGAAACUUGAGCUUCUACUCAUUACUUUAUUGGAUUUUUCAAAAUGUUUCUUGGUGACUAUACCUCUUUCCAUGGUGACAAGAUGUGUUAACGCCUAUGAAAUCGGCAUAUACCUAAGCUUAUGUUAUAUCUGGCAAAACAUAUUGAUUGGAGCUUUCUCCUACGGUUACGAUACCAUCUUCGCUUCAACUGUAAAACAAUUACCUGGAACAUUUUAUUUUGCCAGUGCAGCUGUUUCUGGGAUGCUGGUCAUUCUCUACAGGAUCGCACUACACAUAUAUGUUCCUUCAGAAAAUGAGGACGACACAGAGAAUGAAUCAGACUUGGACAAGUGUGUAAACUGUUUUAAUAUUGCAGUUAAGCACUAGAUGAGUUCAUUAAGCUGCCUGAAAAGGCAUCAAUUUUUACUAUGAUUUUUUUUACUUCACCAAGAUGAGAUUGCCGAUUAAUGUGGCUAGAUAAAACUUACUUCGGAUGGGUUGUAAAAUAAUGACAACGGCACCGUCAGAAAAAUAUCAAGCUCAUUAUCACAGAAGACCAUCUAUUGCAAUGGUGUCAAGAGUGGUCUUUUGAGAGAAAGGGUUGUUGGAGAAAUUUACAGGAGAUUGAGAACAAUGAUAUGAUAAAUACAUAGUUAUUUUUAAGAAUGUAGAAUAUGAAAUAAUAUUCUCAAUAAAAAAUAAUAAUAAUGUGCCUUCUUUAAGUUAGAAGAGAAAACAAACUUCACUUAUGAAGAAUUUAAAUCUUAUUUUUUUAAAAAAACUAUGUAUUUCAAUAAAAAUGAGUGAUUUGAUAUUGUAAUGUAGUUAUAUGCUUAUUAAUCAAAGGCCAUUUAUUUAAGCCUUUUAUAUUUCAAAUUUUAAAUAUUUAAAGAAAUAAACAAAAUAAUGAAAACAUAGUGAUUUUUAUUUUCAGU